AAUCAAAGUUAGUUGUUACAUCAGGUAAAUUGUACAUAAGGGUCUGUGCUAUCUGGAAUCCUUGGGACGUUAGGGUCGGGCAGGGGUGAAAGUAGAUUUAAUGUAUUCCCUGUAUAGAAUCUCAUAUGAGACCAAAACUCCUAUACCCGUUAAACUAGAAUAGUGUAAAUAAGGGGUCGGAAUAGGUUUUACGUUCGGUAAGGGUAGGGGUUAGGAUGUAGGGUUGUGACGUCCCAAGGAUCCCAAUUAGCACGGACCCUGUUUUAAAAGAUUUGUCUUUCUAUUCUACGAUAGCGGAUUUCCACUAGAUAGCACAGCCACAAACUCAGAAUUGGCCAAAUCGUAAAAAUUCAUGAAACAUUUUUUUUUUUAUCUAUAUAUUUAAGGUUAGGCAUAAGGUAGUGUGGUAAAUUUAGAGUUAAGAAUAGAGCUAGGUUUAAAAUCACAUUUUAAGAAGAUAAAUUGUAGAAAUAGGCUAGGUUUAUGACUUUGUCGCUGUGGUAACUAACGACGACCCUGGUAUUGUCAAUUUGUUGUGCUCACAACUUGUGUAUACGACCGUUACAAUCUGUUUAACAGUAGCUGCCUAUCUUCUGUUAAAUUGCAACGAAACAGUUUAUCAGGUGACAUACAGUUUACGUUAUCUUUAUCAACAUACGACGGCACAGCUAGCCAGCUCACCAAGGAUUUCUAGGCUAGUUUUGUGUACUUUUGAUAACGGUAGACCUGUAUCAUAUCCUUUUUUUAUGAGCGUGGUAGCGCUACGUUCAUCCACGAGCGCCUUAGUAUGUCAAGUGAGUAGGGGCUUUGGUCAACUGAUGUCCACUCGUGGUGAUUCUGCGAGGGUUCGAUCACUGGGGAAAGGAUACAACUUGCAUCAACAAGGACAAUGACCCAACACACCUCCAGGCUGUAUAAGGGCUAUUUGACCAAGAAGGAGAGUGAUGGAGUGCUGCAUCAGAUGACCAGGCCUCCACAAUCACUCAGCCCAAUUGAGAUGGCUUGGGAUGGGUUGGACCAAAGAGUGAAGAAAAAGCAGCCAACAAGUGCUCAGCAUAUGUGGAAACUCCUUCAAGACUGUUGGAAAAGCAUUCCAGGUGAAGCUGGUUGAGAGAAUGAGCUAUCUUCUGUAUACCACCCCUACCUUGUCACAACACAACUGAUUGGCUCAAACGCAGUAAGAAGGAAAGAAAUUUCAGAAAUUAACUUUUUAAUAAGGCAUACUUGUUAAUUGAAAUGCAUUCCAGGUGACUACUUCAUGAAGCUGGCUGAGAGAUUGCCAAGAGUGUGUAAAGCUGUCAUCAAGGAAAGGAUGGCUACUUUGAAGAAUAUCAACUGACAGAAGAUCUGACCGAGAAUCCUCUAUUCUGCAAGCUCGAUAACGCUGUCACAGCAUGUGGACCGCCCCAGCCUUACUGUUACACUGAAGAGAGAGCUGGAGAAGGCUGAGAGGGCCCUGCAGACAGAGGCUUAAUGGGCUGUGUUCAGAGAGCCUGUACAGGCUACUGCAGGAGAUGAUCCAGGAGCACUGUGUCAGAAAGAAUCACUCUACUGUGCCUCCAGAGGACGACAUGCUGGACCCUAGUGACACCACCAGCCAGGACCAACCUCCUGUCCUAGGACUGAGUGUCCAACAGGUGCUGUAGCUGAUGCCACAAGAGGAGGAUAUGUGGAAAAUGAAACAAACUGCCCAGAGAAUUAGAAAAGCAUCUCUGGAAGACGUGUUUCAGCCUCCUGUCCUACUAUCAGACUGAAUGGGAGGAUGAGAGUGAAAGGCUGAAGAACAUGAAGCUGUCUCACUUGUCUGGCCUUCUGGAAAGCGAAAGGAAAAGAGCAGAGAGCCUGAAGGGGCAGAGCCGUGAGUGCCGCCCUGCUGCAAAAGCAGACUCCCUGCUACCUCUCUGUAAGAGACUCUCAACACUUGGUUUGAUAUAUUCUUAGGUUUGUCUCACGGGUUGCGACCUUCACUCACGAUCAACGUGUUUUCUCCAGGAGCUGUUAGGAUGCAUUCAGAUUCUCCAGUCACUUAUCCUUGACCACAGGCUAAAAGCCCAGAAAUAACUUGACAGGAAACAGUUUGAGUACUUUGAGGCCAAAGAGAUCAUCAUGCAGAAGAUCAGGUGUGAUUAGCCCCUCCUGUUUACAUCUACUCUACUGGGCUCCUUCAGAUGCAGUUCACUGUUAAUGAGUGUGAGAAAUUGGUAUUUCAUGCAUGUCCAUCAGCAAUGUUCAGUUUUCGUGUCUCUUUUACAUUUCUUAAAUAUGUCUCUUCACAACAGAGCAGAGAUGUUGGAAAUUCAUCUGAACACCUACACAGCAGACACAAUAUCAGCCUAUAGAAUAACAAGGGGGUGCUGCAGCACCUUCAGCAUUCCUACUUCCAAUGGCUGUGUAUACAGACCAACAUACUGAAGGUGGGGUUGAUAACACUACUGGAUAUUUUGUUUCCCCAUUCAUACCAGCAAUAGGACCGACCACACAGACCACCAGAAACUAGAAACAGAGCUGAAGACCGCCCAGUUAGAGAAGAAGUAUGUGGAGUCAACUGUCAUCCUUUGAGAUAUUUGGCAAGGAAUAUUCCAGACUGCAUCAGGAGAUUGACACCAAAUCUGAAGUACUUCUCUCAGAACACGGACUAACUGAGUUGGUGUCAGACAGUUCUGCCGCAGACCUCUGACACCUUUGAUGACAAGCUAACUCCAUAGUUAUAUUAUUGUUUGUUUUUGUAAUAAAAUGCAUGAUUAGCCGGUGUUGUCUUGAAUGUUGUUCAUUCUGAUAAUAAUCACCUUGAUAUGAUACAACAAAUUCUAAAUUCAGACAUCGAGUUAGCUGGCCUAUUUGAAAAAACACGCCUGACACCAAUUUGCCAUGGUCAGAAGGGAGAUUUUGCGCCUCUAGCGAGAAGAUAGUUUCUUGCAUCACCGACUGAUCUCAAAUUGAUGACGUGGUGCGGUUCGUCGACCGGACGAUAAGGAUGGCCGACCAGAGCAGGCAAAUCAAACUCGCCGCAGCCAAGAAAAAGCUGAAGGAGUUUCAGCAGAAGAGUUCUCCUGCCAGUGGAGGAGAAGGAGGACCAGGGGCCAAGAAGACGAGGAAGGUAAAGGGAGGGAGCCAGCCAGACACACCCUCAGCUGACCGACACUCUCCAGACAAUAUUCAGAGUAUUCUGAAAGGUCUUAGGCAGACCAAUGGAUUAACUCUGCCUGCCUAUGGCAAAAGCCAGACCCACGUCCAUGGGGAGGUGAGGGGGUCCCCAGUUACCCAGCUACUGGAGGACCCAAACGGAGAGACCGGCCGCGGCUCUCCUGUGUCUAACCCUGCUAGCUCUGCUACUAACCCUGGGUGUGCAAGCCAAUCCCACAACACUGACCUGCAGCAGAACUGCCCCCAUGACGGUAAUGAAAACCAUGCGGACGAGAAUAGACCCCUGUCAUCCACAGAGAGCCUGCGGCAGCUCUCACAGCAGCUCAACGGUCUUCUCUCUGGGUCAUCCACCACCUAUAUAAAUGGAGACAGUGCUCCCUCGCCAACCAAUGAAAAAGAACUGGAGAGUCGAAACCAGGAGCUGGCAGCCGCACUGGACUCCAGCAACCUAACAAACAAUCAGCUCAAUACCAAGCUAGACCGGCUGACCGAGCAAUCUCAGGAGCUCACAGAUCAGCUGCAAAAGGAGCGAAGAGAGUUUGAACAGAAGUGUGUGAAGGAGCAAGGAGCAAUGCGGGAACAGCUACAGGUCCACAUUCAGACCAUCGGCAUCCUGGUGUCAGAGAAAUCAGAGCUGCAGACCGCUCUGUCGUACACACAGCAGGCUGCCCGCCAGAAAACAGGGGAGGCUGAGGAGCUGAGUAACCGUCUCCAGGCCACCAAACAGAGAGUCUCUGAGCUGGAAAGAACCCUGUCCUCUGUCUCCACACAACAGAAACAGUUUGACAAGCAUAACAAAGAGCUAGAGAAAGAGAGAGACAACCUGAGGCUAGAGGUGUACAGACUAAAUAGUGUGAGUGAGGAGGGGAGGCAGCAGAGUUCAGAGCUGUCAGAGCAGCUCAAGCUGAGGGUGAGCGAGAACAGUGCUAUGAGACUGGACCUGGACGAGCUGCGCAAGAGACUGGAGAUGACUGACGACAUGCUGCAACAGUUUUCUAGUCAGUCAGGGCCUCCCAGUGCCAACCAGCAGAUGCACUUACUACUGGAGGAGAAACUACAGAUUGAGGCACACACUGCUCAGUUAAUGGAGUCGGUGGCCCAGCUGCAGACAGAGAGAGACCGCUACGCUGAGCAGAUCCAGGAGGAGGGACAAGUUUGGAAGGACAAGACGGAGCAGCUGCUCUCUCAGGUGACACUAGUAGCAGAGGAGAGAGACAGGAGCAUCAGUCAGAUCCAGGAGCUUGAAGCCCACAUCACAGACCUGAAGCACACUGCAGCCCUUUUGUCCCAGGAGAGAGGGGCCCAGGCGGAGCCCCAGCCCUCAGGGCCCUCGGAGAGUGAAUUGGCCCUCCAGGAGGCCCUCGGCAGCCUGCAGCAGGAGAGAGACUCGCUCAACUCACAGUUCCAAGCCCAGCUGCGUGACAAUGAGCAGCUGAGUCGCAUGUGCUCGGAGCAGGAGUCCCGUCUCUCGGAGCUGGAGCGCCAUGCGGAGCUCGGGGCUGAGGAUGCAGAGGACCGCAGGCGCAUGCUGGAGGACGUGCAGAGUGACAAGGCCACCAUCAGCCGCGCCCUGGCCCAGAACCGCACCCUUAAAGACCAACUGGCUGAGCUGCAGAACGGCUUCGUCAAACUGACCAAUGAGAACAUGGAGCUGACCACUGCUCUGCAGUCAGAGCAUCACGUCAAGAAGGAGCUGGGACGCAGGAUGGGACAACUACAGGAGGACCUGCACAAUGUCAAGGAGCAGUUGGAUUUGAAGUCGCAGGAGUACCAGGCACUGCUGGAGCAGCGGGACCAGGUAGUGGCCAACCUACAGCAGUACUCUGCAGGCUAUACAGCCCUGGCUUCAGAGCGAGAGCAGCUCCACAGACAGUACCUGCAGCAGAGCCAGCUGAUGGACCGGCUGCAGCAUGACGAGACCCAGGGAAGGGUUCAGUUGGAGAUGAGCCACAAACAGCUGGAGCAAUACCAGGAGAGGCUGGAGCAGUUGUCCAGAGAUAACGAGCAGUUGAAGGCUGAAGUCACAGAGCUGCUCAACAGCUCAGCCCUGGCCACACUCCCCAGAAACCAGGGAGACGGAGUGGAGAGCCAAUCCCUGCCAGAGAGCCCACAGAAGUCCUCGAUCGCUAUCCCAGAAGACUUUGAGAGCCGCGAGGAGAUGGAGGAGUUUGUGCGCGGUGCGGUGGCGCGUGUGGAGGCAGAGCGAGACGAGGUGAGGAGCAGACUGGAGGAGGAGAGGAGACUGCACUUCGCUACCAGACACCAGGCUGCAGCACUCAGCAUAGAGCGCCACAGUCAUGACCACGACCACGGUCAGUGCCACGGUCACAGCCAUGAUGACCACAGUCACCUUGAACAUACAGUCUCAGGUUCAGAGGGUGUAGCAGUGGAGGUACAUGAGGCCUUGUAUGUUGCCAUGGAGAGGCUGCAGCAGCGCUUCACCUCUCUGAUGCAGGAGAAGGCUGACCUGAAGGAGAGGGUAGAAGAGCUGGAACACCGCUGUAUACAGCUGUCUGGAGAGACUGAUACUAUUGGAGAGUACAUCACCCUUUACCAGAACCAGAGAGCCAUCAUGAAGCAGAAACACAUGGAGAAGGAGCAGUACAUCAGUAUGUUGGCCCAGGACAAAGAAGAGAUGAAGGCCAAACUGGCAGAGCUGCAGGACCUGGUGAUGAGGUUGGUAGGCGAGCGGAACGAGUGGUACAGCCUCUAUACUGGGGCGCUGGCUAGCGCUGCGGCUAACCCUGACCUGCUGCCAGCCGGAGAGGAGCUGGUCCAGGCUCACCACACACACAGACGCAUGGAGCUCAACGCUGUGGAUGGACAAG